GCCACGUCAGGAUAUGUUUAUCCGUGUGCGCGUCAUUUUCGUUAUAUAUAAAGCUCCGUCCUUUCCCUCUUUCCACUCGUCCUCUGCAUUUCUCAUUUCUUUCUUUUCGUUCUGCUCACUGCAUUUCGUGCUUUCUGGGUUCUGGCCUCUCUUCCUCGCCCCUUCUUUCCAACUGCUGCUUCGGCCAUCAAGUCCUUCACUGUUUCUUUUUGUAUUGCAAAUUUCCAUACAAAGAAGACUCUGCUGGUCUUUUCACGACCGCUUGGCACAAAGAUAAAAGAUGCGUUGAUUAACCAGACUAAUUGAUAAAUCGUUUUUAAUAAUUGGUUCAAUGAAUGGCUUUCGACAUUUGGAAAUUGUUUUCUUCCAUUGUCUCCAUAAUACAUGUUAUUUCUUUGGUUUGCUUCCCUAACAUCCCAAGUUGUAUGUGGUUGAGUCGUCCUACUCCUGUUAGCCAGAUUCUGACAUUCGAGGGAACGCAUUGUGAAACAGAAACCAUGGCCUUAGAUUUGCAAUAUGAGGAUUUUGCAGCGCAAACUGAUGCCUUUGGAGAUAAAUCUUGUGUGGAAAAGUGGAAUUCUGCCCCUGAAGCCAUUGCAGACUCUGAUAGGGAUGCUCCUGGUGACUUCGAAUGCAAUAUCUGCCUGGAUUCCUUGCAUGAUCCAGUAUUAACUCUUUGCGGUCAUCUCUACUGCUGGCCCUGCAUUUACAGGUGGCUCCAUUUUGGUAAUGUUUCUUCUCAAAACAUAGUUCAGGAAAGGACAUUCUGCCCAGUAUGCAAAUCAGAAAUCUCUCAAUUCUCCCUCGUUCCCGUAUAUGGAUGUGUCCAAAUCACAAAACCUUCCAAGGGUAAGUCUCCCAAUGUAGGGACUGCCAUACCUCCAAGACCUCGCGGUCCCGUGUCAGUUCAUGACUUUGCAAGAUCAUGUAACAGCAUAGCUGCAGCUCAUGACUCGUCAAGAUCAUAUAAUACCGCAAGUGCUUCCCGGCCAGCUACGCAAUUUCAUCAACGCCCUUAUGCUUAUCACACUCAACAGUUGAAUGCAUUUGACACAACACAUGGAGUUUUUGGUCAGAUGAUACAUGCGAGAGUCUUUGGUAAUCAGUUGACAAACGUGUACACUUCUAAUUCAUAUGGUCUCACGGGGAACAACAAUCGGAGGGUGAGAAGGCAUUUGAUGCUAGUGGAUAAAUCACUCAGCAGAAUCUGUUUUUUCAUCUUCUGCUGCACAGCUGUGUGUCUUCUCUUAUUCUGAUUUCCAGUUGCUGCUUCAUUUUUCUGCGUGUUAAUACGUCCUUGUAAAGAGAAAUAUUGGCAUGUGAAUAUAGUCAGAUUUUGUACAUAUGUAAGAAAAGGUACGUAUAUUAGUGCCGAUAAAUUAUCAAAUCGCCUUAAGCUUUAAGCAGUA